GCUAUGGCAGCGUGUUUGGCCAUUGGCAGUCGGCAGCAGACGAGUGUUGUGUUUUGGCUCUUGUCAGUUGUGAGCUGUUGUGUUUGAGUGCCGGUUGUAAUGGAGUUAGGAGACCAACUCUUUCGGUGACACAUUGCAACGAUGGUAUCUGAACUUUUCCGGUACUCUCUCCGCAUACGGAUGGCAGCGAAGAUGCAGCACGGAUGAUACUUCAGUGUGCUUGACCUCUUCCGAGGAAAAGAUGGCCGACCGCUCCCCCAAAAUUUGGGGGAUCAGGACCACUCUCUGCGCUCUACUGACGUUUUUGUGUUGCCCUGUGUUGUGUACAAGUGACAGCAGGCCCUCCAUCAAACUGUUUGGAAAUAUUAGCAAGUUCACAAACCGUUCUGGACUCCACGAUAUCUUGAGCACUAAUUUAUUUCUGACGGCGUUCUCAAAGGGAGACGACGGUAUGGUCACAAGGCAGGAUACUAUUGGGGACAUUUAUUUACAAGGUGAAGCAAGAUCGCUAGGUUCACAUCUACGAAAGAUCAGCAACGAAGAACUUGGCGUGACAGCGAUGCAGGGCAUUUAUGACAAGCUGCCGUUUGCAAAGUCGACUUUGGAUGCUUCCAAGCACCUCAGUGAGAUUGCGGAGAAGUUUCACAAAAAACUUACGGAGUACAUAUUCCUCCUAAACCGAAGUUCGGACGUGGUUGAAAGCUUGUUCAGGAUGCGGCACCGACUGGGACUGUCCACCGUGAACCCAUGCUGCCUUAUUGACCCAAGCAUCCUGAUAAUGGACAACUACUUUGGUACUGAAGUGACAAAUACAACAACGUGCGACACCGCCCCAACGUCGCUUCCGAAAGGAGUCUUCAGUCCGGGACCAAAUAUUACCGGAGUGUUUCGAACCAACCUUCAAAUGCACCCAUCGAUAAAAUGGCAAUAUUUCAUCUCCUCCUUCGGAGUGCACACCGAAUUCCCUGCCUACACUACCGUUAGGAAAUGGUCGUGCAGGCACAUAGACGAUUUGCGACACAGGGACAUGUACCUAGCCACUGUUAGACCCUACACGAAGCAUGUAGUGAUCGUCAUCGACCAUGGCAACUCUUUGAGUCCGAACCAGCUGAUGCUUGCGAAGGCUGUUGGAAAAUAUGUUCUCUCCGUUCUAUCGCACCAUGACAAAGUUGGCCUUAUUGGGCUGGCUGCCGAAGCUCACAUUCCUCAGACAGACAGUUGUCUCAUGGAAGGGAUGGCAGACGCCACGUAUGAGACCAAGUACCACUUUGGCCGCUUUAUCGAUAAUUUACAGAAGGCACCAAAUUCAACAAACCACCGCACAGGAUUCAAGAGGGCGUUCGACAUGAUCAGCAAGAGUCAGAAAACUGGAACAAACGGUUCAAAAGAAGGCGAGGCUGUGAUUGUGUAUGUCAGUCGUGGCUUGCUGUCUUCCAUCGCGGAUGCACGUCCCGUAUUUGAAACGAUCGCAAGUGGGCAGAAGUUGACUGGACAUCGCGUUGUCAUCAACACCUAUACAGUUGUCGACAAUGGCAAGCCAAUAAUGUACGAGACCUCGUUCUUGCGGGACAUUGCUGAGCUCAAUUUCAUGAAGUACAACGUGCCAAGCGCCCCUGCAACAGGAGCAAGGGGGUCGAUGACUGUCAUAAACUCGACUGAGAACUUGGGCUUCACGAUCGGAAGGUUCUAUUCUUCGCUACCAUUCGCAAGGCCUGAGGCAACGCCGGUGUUUUCUCUGCCGUGGUGGGACAGUGUUAGCAAAGACCUUCUUGUCAGCAUUAGCAAAGCAGUGCUCUAUCGUGGUGAGCUUUUGGGUGUAAUAGGCGUGGACGUGCCGCUCGCUGAUAUUGCUGAGGACAUCAUAUACUCUUUUAAGUACCCAGAAAUAUACAGCUUCCUCGUUGACAAAUCAGGUGUAGCUGUUAUGCACCCAUCGUUCCCACGACCAGCUCAAGUGUCCGAACAGCCCAUGCAUACCGAUAUUUCACAUUUGGAAACAAGGCCAAAGUUCAGCCUAGUGCGUCACAAGAUGCUGAAUGACUCUGCUACAGAGGGCAGGCUCGCAAUAGCAUCCGUACUCGAGCCCGAUAACUCCGACAAUUUGAUAGAAUACGAGCCCGUCGAGCAUCUGUCCCAGGUCAUCUACCACUGGAAGAAGGUUGAAAAUACACCGUACAUCAUAGCUGUAGUUGAUGUAGAACCAGGAAAAGAGCACCCGGAAUUGCAUGGAAUCCAGACUUCAGUGCCAAGCGACUUUUACUACCACCGGCUGGACAUUCUGCCUCCACCCAGACUGUGUCGGCACAUGAAACAGCUGUCGACUUUGUCUGGGAGUACGGUGUUCCUGUCGGCAAGAAGUUUUGUCUCGCCGUUUUGGUAUCUAAAUCACAAGGAAACGCGGCAGCGAGUUGAAGCGUACAUGGCAUACCUGACGGACACAGCUUCGUUUGUUCCAAAUCCAGGCUUGAAGCCUGGAGUAAAGAGUGAUGUGCUGGCUCUGACACGGAUCACAUCUGAUUGGAAGAAGACUUACGAGAACAGUGAAUUCACAAAACAUGUUGUGCGGAGGUAUGUGGCAUCACCUGGUGGCGUGUUCGUGGUUUACCCUGGUGCUGUACUGGACCAGAGUUACGACCCAACUGAGAGAGAGUGGUACACCAGGGCACUAGAGCAUCCAGGACGAGUGGUCCUUACGGCGCCGUACUUGGAUGCCGGUGGCGCUGGCUACAUUGUCACUCUAAGUCAUACUAUUUAUGAAGCAAAGCCGGACGCGUUGCACAGUACUGCUGAUGCAGUUGUGGCAGUCAUAGGAAUGGACUUGACGUUGGGCUAUUUUUACAAGCUGCUGACAGUCAAUAUGGAUGUGUGCGAGCAAGAUAAGAUAGCGUGUUUCAUUCUGGAUGACCAUGGCUACCUGAUUGCACACCCAAGUUUAACAGAACCCACCGGUCGAGGGCCAGUUGAACAACAACAUGUGACUCACAAGGAGCCACUGGUUCUAAAUGACAUGCUGAAUCACAAGGACCUUGUGAGAAAGAAAGUGUGCAACAGUUACAGUGACAGAACUAUCCAAAGGUUAUACAAGUUUAAUACAAGUCUAGAGGGAAUUCUUUCUAAUUCCGUACAUGCAGAGCAUUGCGCAAGGUACCAGAUUACAGCAAUUUCGGGCACCAACGCUUUUCUUGGCAUCGUGAACCACACCUGCAACACUGUUCGAGCAUUCUGUCCGUGCAGCAUGACGGACCGUUUGUGCCUAAAUUGCCAACGCAUGGAGCAGACAGAGUGUGAAUGUCCCUGUGAGUGUCCCUUGCAAGUUAGUCUCUGCACGGGAGAGCUAGUGGAAGAUGACGAAAGAAGUGCUAACUGCCCCAGGAUCACAGAGAACCCUCCUCUCCCUCAGCUGGAGAUGACACACUUGGAAUUAUUAGACAAGUGCUUCAACAGUGAGUGCGGCAGCCGUCAAACAGAGAGGGACUGUUUCGGCGUGCUCGGUUGUGAAUGGUGCGAGCUCGACAUGGACGGAAUCACGCCCCUGAAGACGCCCUUCUGUCACGAGCAGCACAAGUGCUUCGGGGGCAUCCUUGGAGCACGCACACCUUAUGCGGACGAAAUAAUAGGCGAGCCAUCGGAAGAGCUGCUAACAGCCAAAAGCACUGCUCUGGGGCCCGUAGCGGGUGUCUUGAUAGGCUGCUUUCUACUCAUGGCCGUCAUGGUGUACUGCUAUAGAAAUCGUGUGGGCCGCAACACGUCUGCCCACUACGGCAUGGCCUCACGAUGUGGGCCACUACCCAUGGCGCAUCUCUACAAUGAAUCUGAUGAUGCAGAUGGACAUGGUGCUUCCAGCCCUGUGGUGCCGCUCAACCUUCAGCUCGGCGGCAACAGCUACGAGAACCGUGCGGUUGUGUCUCCGUACCGCGUCAACACGGGAUACCGACGUCCCGCUGGCGGGGAUAGCGACCACGGAUACAGUACAAUGACUCCGCACGAGGACUCUGAACAUUUACAGUAUUUUGAGCCUCUGUUGUUGAGCAAGGACAAAGGAAGGGCUCCUCUGCCUCAGCCGUCGUUCAGCAGCAGGGCGUCGUCCCCCAUUCACCCGUUGAGUUGGAAUUCACCUUCGGCACCUGAUCCCUCACAGACUUACAUACCUCAGUCACCACAGAGAAAUGUGUUCCAAGCCAGCGUGCAGGUCCAUGCAGUGGGAACACGUUAGCCAGAACUUCGACGAGGCGAAUGUGUUGUGCAAUGAAAGUGUCUCGUACACGGACUUUAGGAAAGACUGGCGAUACAAGCCUGCAAGUUCCAGUCUGGUGCUGGAAUCGUCUGUCCUUGCAUCGUUGCAAGCUGGCACAUAGCGGGCACAGGAGUCAGGGCCUCUGCUGCAAAAUGAAUCCUAGGGUAGGACAGUAUAGUUACGCCGCUGCGGUUCCACAGACAUGGCAGCAAGGGGUCAGAAAGAGAACUGAAGUACUCCUUUUGGUAACUGCAUAGAAUAUGAAUGACCAUAGCUAAAAAGAGCGUGAUUGCGUAUUACCAGUAUUGUGCAAGCAGGAGUUCCUAGAGGUAAUCUCUUGAGGUGAAUAUCUCCGCAAGAGGACCAUGCAAACGUAUAACAGUACCGCCACUUUAUUUUCUUUAAUCAACAAAUUGUCGUCGUAACUUGCUAUGCAAGUUACUAUAUACUCUGGUUCUCAGCAGUGUACAGGGUGAUCAAAGCAUAAUAUGUAUGCGUCCCGAGCCUACUUGUCAUGGUUCCUCAAAAAGACUGCCACUUUCCGUGGCACGAUAGAAUUUAUAGAAGUUAAUAAUUUGAGGGGGGGGGGGGGGGGUAAAAACGAGUUUUGCUGGGUGUAAGACAACACUCUAACUGAGAUCUUUCAGAAUAUUUAGGUCUAGACAGCUAUUUUUUGUGUUUGUCGAUAUAGUCCAGAAUGAAGAGGCUUUGAAACAGAUUUUAAUUUUUAACAUACCAGCACGAGGAGAAAGCACUUUUUGCUCUGCUCAUAUGUUACGUCAUGUAUACAGGAGAACCGAAUCGCUGUGGUGCAGCACUUUGCUCGAAGCACCAUAUAUAAGGAGGAUUUUCUUUAACCAGGCAUUUUACACUGUUGUACAUAUCCAUGUAUCAUAACAUUAUACAUACUACGCAGUAUCGUCGUUUCACCCGUCAGCAAGAUAGUAGUCAUUUCCUUCGUGUAAAUAUGCAAGAUACCUCAGGUUCUUGUGCAGCCAUUGCAAUGGAGUUGUGCUGCACUAGAGAUAUAUACAUGUUUCUGUCCCGUCGUCAUAACUUAUUAUUUGGAUGAAAUUGUGUGCCAUCGACCUCUCUUUUUGUGGAGUGAGAGUUGUAAGUUAUGUGAAUAAUGUCGUGUGUGCAUGUGCUGCAGGUUCUGCAAUGUAUGUUUGAAUUAAUUUAACACCUUCGCCAAGUGACUUUUACUGUGCGCAUUAUAUUUAAAACCUUAUGCACUCGUUAACUUACAACAUUAAUACGCUGUGAAUGUAGAUGGGCUAUGCAAAAUGUUGUUCACUGUUAUUCUUGCAGUGGCGUGGCAGGACGUGUUUUCAAAAUGGCUUUAUUCCAAACUGAUAAAUGCCUUUUGUUAGACUAUGCACAAUGUUUGCCAAAUUUUUAUGCAAUCGUGCCUUUGAUACAUGUUUGAAAUGAUUGUGGAAGCUCCCCCACUUAAGCCUGCUGCACGUUCCAGAUAUCCAGAUAUCGCCUCAUGUAGUGACGUAAGUGAGAUCAUGUGUCGAUGGAUGAUUAAAAUUAUGUUCCUACUGCAGCUGA